AUGCAAGCUCUAAUAAACGCUUUAAACCCCAAGAUCAAACAAGCAAGAUUAGAAAAUAAAAAGUCUACUAUUGCUUUAACUUAACAGUCUUUAGAUUUUACUUCUGAAGAUGGAGCAUCAAAGCGAAAUAAACUUGUAAGGAUUUAAUAUGAUAAAGUUGAUAUUUAGUAAACAUAUACAUACCAAGCGUAAAAAAUAGUUGGAAAUGGCACAUUUGGAAUAGUGUACAAAGCAACUGUAACUGAGACAGGUGAAACAGUGGCAGUAAAGAAAGUAUUUUAAGACAAAAAGUUUAAAAACAGGGAACUCUAGAUACUCAAAGAAUUAGACCAUCCAAAUAUUAUCAGAAUGAAGCAUGCUUUUUUCACUUAGGGCGACAAAAAUGAUGAAGUUUAUCUUAAUAUUGUUAUGGAUUUUAUUCCUGAAACUGUGCAUAGAGUUAGAAAACAUUAUUAAAAGAUAGAUCAAGAAAUGCCUAAGUUUCUGAUUAAACUGUAUUCUUUUCAGAUCUUAAGAGGUAUUGGCUACCUUCACAGCAUGGGUAUUGUUCAUAGAGAUAUUAAACCUCUGAAUUUAUUAGUCGAUCCUUCGUGUCACAUUUUAAAAAUAUGUGAUUUUGGGUCAGCAAAGAAGUUACUUCCUGGAGAGUCUAAUGUUUCAUAUAUUUGUUCUAGAUAUUACAGAGCCCCAGAAUUAAUAUUUGGAAAUACUAGCUAUGAUUCCAAGAUAGACAUUUGGUCGAUAGGAUGUGUCAUAGCAGAAUUAGCACUUGGCGAUAUUUUAUUUAAAGGCGACAAACCACACUCUUAGUUGGUUGAAAUUAUCAAAAAAUUAGGCACUCCCUCGGAGGAAUAGAUUAAAGCUAUGAACCCUAAUUAUAAAGAAUUCAAAUUUCCAAAAGUGCAGUAAUAGUCAUUUGCCAAAAUAUUCAUGAGCAAAGCUGAUAAUGAAUUGAUGGAUUUGCUUGGUAAGAUGCUGGUGUAUGACCCCAAGAAGAGAUUAAAUGCAUAUUAAGCACUGACUCACUCUUAUUUUGAUGAAUUGAGACAGCCUGGUGUAAGAUUGCCAAAUGGUAAUGCUAUCCCUGAUUUGUUUAACUUUACAUCUGAAGAACGAAAUUUUGCAGGAUCAGAUAUAUUUGAAAACAUAAUUCCGCAUAGUUCUUACAAAUACUCAUGA